UCUCGUGUUCAUAUGGAACAUUCCAUGUUGCAGUUUGUGCCCAUUGCCCCCUUGUUCUGCCACUGCACAGCAUUGGGAAGAGCUUGGCCCCAUUUUACUCCCACUCAUUAGAUAUUUGCACGCAGUAAUGAGAUGCCCCCUCAAUCUUCUGCUCCCCAGUCUGAACAGUCGCAGGACUCUCAGCUUUUCCUCAUAAAGGAAGUGUUCCAGGUCCCCAUCAUCUUGGUGGCCCUCCCCUGGUCUCUCUCUAGAAGUUUCCUGUCUUUCUUGAACUGGGGAGCCCAGAACUGGACACAGCACUCCCGAUGUGGCCACAACAGGGUAGAGGAGUGAGGGACAAUAACUUCCCUUGACUUGCUGGCCAUGGUUUCUGUAAUGCACACUAGGAUGCUGUUGGCCUUCUGGGCCACAAGGACACACUGCUGGCUCAUGGCCAACCUGUUGCCAAUCAGCACAUCCAGGUCCUCUCUACAGAGCUCCUCUCCAGUAGGUCAGCCCCUCACCUGUAUUGCUGCAGGAGGUUAUUCUUCCCUACGUGUAGCACUCUGCAUUCCUCUUUAGGUUCCUCAUCAGGUUCCUCUUCUUCCAACUCUCCAGCCUGUCCAGAGCUCAUUGAAUGGCCGCACAGCCUUCUGGUGUGUCAGCCACUCCUUCCAGCUUUGUGUCAUUAGCAACCUUGCUGAGAGUGGACUGCAUCCCUUCAUCCAGAUCAUUGACAAAGAUGUUGAACAAGAGCAGGCUCUUCCCUGUGGAGAACAUCACUAGCUACAGGCCUCAGACUAGACUUUGUGCUGGUGAUCAUGAUUCUCUAAGAUACUCAUGAGAGACACAGAUUGUCAUUUUUUUUUCCGGUGAUGUAAGAUUUUGAUGGACAUUAUUUUAUCAAAAUGUUAUAAACUGUAACUUCUCACUUUUAAGGCAAUGUAGCAAUAGGGUUUGGGAUGGAGAUGAAAUGACAUGCAGUGAUAAUGUUAAUAAUCUUGCAUCGUGUGAUAUUCAAGAGAAUACAUUGAAAACUAAUUGGCAAAUGUGCGUGUAAAAGUUCUGGCAUGCAGGAACACAAGUUAUUUGUGUAAGGAGUUCAACGGGGCUAAUAAUAUCUGAAGGUUUUCGUGGGCAGCUAGAUGCUAGUAUAACCAGAGGCUUAUCAAGUCUGUUUGAAGAUGGAGGAGCUGAGGAAGAAAAGAAAGGAAUAAUGUCUUCUGGGAAACAAGAAAUUUAUUUUCUAUGGGUAGAGGAAGAACCAUAAAAACUUACUGGCCUUUGAAAGUCAGUGCAGGAGAAUACUUUUCUGCAUUUAUACCGUAAUGCAAAGUAAGUUCUGCUCUUCCAGUAAAGUAAUGUAACUACAGCUUUUAUAUGAACACAUCUUAGUAGUCAAAAUGACACAGUUUCCUCAGAUUCUCUCACAACCUCCUUGCUCUGUACUUGCUUCCCUUAUUCAAGGAAUAUAUAUUUUUCCCCACUGCACACUGAAGUGCGUAAAUACGUUAUGUAGCUAAAUCUGCAAAAUAUGGUUUUGAUCAGAGUUCUAUGGUCUAGUGGCAGUGCAGAACAAACAGACUUAGGAGUCCUCUUCUGUUUCUCGGGACUCAUCUCAGCCCCCUGAAGUUUACCCAUAGAGUGCAAGCCUGAGUUUUUUUCACAGAACCACAGAAUGGUUGAAGGAACUUCUGGAGAUCAUCUAGUCCAAAGCCCCACUGAAGCAGGGACACAGUCCAUGGUACGAUGAUAGAUGACACAGUACCAGAAGCACAAAAUCCAGAACCAUGUCCAGGUGGAUUUUUAAGAUCUCCAAGGAGGAAACUCCACAGCCACUCUGGGCAACCUUUGCUGGUGCUCCAUCACCUGCACAGUAAAGAAGUGCCCUCUGAUGUUCUGACGGAACCGCUUGUGUUCCAGUUUGUGUCUGGCACUGGAUAUCACUGACAGGAGCCUGGAUCCAUUCUCUUUGCAUCCUGUCUUUAGUUAUUAUACACAUUGAUGAGGUCCCCACUAAGCCUCCUUUUCUAGAGGCUGAACGGUUCCAGCCCUCUCAGCUUCCUUACACAGGACAGAUGCCCCAGUUCCUUCAUCAUUCAAUUAGAUCUCAGUAGGGACUGUUCACAACCCUCUUCUACCAGUGCUACAAUCACUAACACGUGGAUUAGCAACGACAUAUUUCCUUCCUAAUUUAACAGUUCCAUCUAAAUUCCUUUGUAGGGAAGCGGCUGGUUGCUGCAUCAGAAGAUUCUCAUACUGCUGGGGAAGCUGAACAGUGAGGGUCAUCCAUCAGGUUUUAUCACCUGCCUCACAGACAACUCUGGAUGCAGAAGCUCCACAACAAGACAAAAGAAGAGUGGGCAAUGAAAACAUUUUCUUUAUUAAAAAUGUGUGUUCAAAGGACAGUAUGAAGAUGAAAGGGUUUUUCAUCUUUUUGCUAAAUCUGUCAUUGGUCUUCAGUGACCAAGCCAUUAAUGAAAGCGUUCCGAUGGAGAGCUUGAGGUGCCACAAUGACUACAGCUCACUUGUGACGUGCACAUGGAAGGAACACUCUGAGGCUCAUGCCCUCCUUGGUUUGACUCUGUACCAAAGGAAUGUUAUUAAAAAUGACAGUGAGGAAAUGCAUUGUCAAAAGGAGCUGGAAGAAGACUUACCUGAGGCUUCAGAUCCCUACAGCCAUUGGAUUUGUUGGAAAACAGUAGAAUAUUUUGGAAUUGGAGUGGAUGACUAUUACAGCUUCAAACCCAAGCAGAAUCUUGAAGCACAACUACAAGUUCACCUUUUCCAAAAUGUUCAGCCCCUUCCCCCUCAGAACCUCUCAGUCCGAGAAAGUUCAGGAGACUUCCUGCUGACCUGGACAGCACCUGAUGGAAGCCAAGGGCUGGGCAGUGCAUUGGAGUAUGAAGUUGCUUACAAGCGGGACUGGGAGUCCUGGGAGAAGGCUGCUUCACGCCUGCUCUCCAACAUCACUCAUUGCCACCUCAGCCACCUCAUCCCAGGGAGCAGAUACAUCGCCCGUGUGCGAGCCAGACCGGAGCAGGGCAAAGGUUUCUCCGGGCAAUACAGCAAGUGGAGCACAGAUGUGUCCUGGGAGACCCCUGAAGGUGGCAUUCAUCCCAGGAACCUUCGCUGCCUCUUCAAUGGUGCGUAUCUGAAGUGCAGCUGGGAGGUGAAGGAAGCGAUUGCCAGCUCUGUCAUCUUUGGCUUGUUCUUCAGGGCCACUCCAGCAUCAGCGGAAGAGGAGUGCUCUCCUGUGUAUGAGAAGGCUUUGCCCCAUGUCCCAUAUGUGGUGCAGAGCUGUGGGAUCCCUGUUAGCAACAUCAGCAGUCAGAGCCAGUACCAAGUGUCUGUGCGGACCAAGACGGAGGAGAAACUGAUAGAAGCCUACAAGAACAUUAAGGUGCUGCCACCUGCAAAUGUGUCUGUGGAACUGAUGAGAAACCAGGAGUAUGAACUGAGGUGGAAAAAACACACUUCGCCGUAUGAUUCCAUAAAACUGCAGUACGAAGUCCAGUUCUGGAAGCACAACCAAUAUGACAAAACCUUGAAGACCAUAAAAAUUACCAAUGAUGAACCUCCCUUCAUCUUCACUGAUCAGAUGUUGUCAGCGUCUACCACAUACAGGGGAAGAAUGCGUGCAAUGGUGAAUAAUCAGGAUUUUCGGGGCUACUGGAGUGAAUGGAGUGAGGAGUUCACCUGGGAAACUGAGAAUGUUCUUUCACCAGUGGUUCUCCCAUUGAUGCUGCCAGUUCUCAUCAUCACUUUGCUCACUGUUGCUUAUUGCAGCUUUAAGUACUUACUCAGGCAGAAGAAGCUGUGGGAGGAAAAGAUUCCAAACCCCAGCAAGAGUCUGCUGAUCCAGAGCUACUUGAAGAAAGUUGCUGUAGGAAGCAGGCAUGCAAGCAGCCAGCUGGACUUCAACAAAUGCAGCCUUGUGGAGAACAUGGAUCAGCCUAGCUUCCUUCAAGCUGUGGACAGGCAGACGAAGAUUUUGGCGGAGUCCCCUGAAGUGCAGACUGAAAGGACAGAGGUUUCUUCUCCUGCAUUGGACCUACAGAACCCAUACCAUGCUUUAAAUGCCCCGGUUGUCUGCCCAAGGACAAACUGUGCUGAUACAAGUGUAACUUCCCAGACAGCAAUCACUUGCUUUGCUUUCAAUGGCCCAUACUUGUACAGCCCAGCGAGGUCUUCUCAGCCUGAGAUGCAUCAGAUCCUGGACGUGAGCUUGAAUCCAAUGGGAAAACAGGAGAAAGCAGUGUCCCUGCAGUACGUGACCCUUCCAGACAAAGCCAGCCCCCAGGCUGCACAGAGGCAGGAGCAGCCGGGAGCAGGUCCUCUGCAGCCCUUCCUGCUCCCAGAGCAGAAGGAAGCGCUGCAGUACCUCAACAAGAAGGAAGUUUCACCACUUCCCUCCACCUGUGGGAAAAGCACAGACGUGAGAACAGAAGAGCAGAAAUGUCCAGAGGCUCCUGGCUGUCCGGCAUUCCUUCAGCAGUGCCCCUUGGAGUACAUCACCACAGACAGCCUGUCACUGCCAUCAGCCAGCGGCACCACACACCUGGCACUUGCCACUGCUGGGGGGAAGCCCUGUGAUACACAGGAGCCCCAGCAGGCCAUUGAGCUGUUCAAAAGCCUCAAAUCAGAUGAUUAUUUCUCCUGGCAGCAAUCUUUGAGGAUCACAGUAAAUCUGUUAAAGGAGUAAAUAUCAAUGAAUAGCAAGGCUAAGAGUAGUUGAAAGAGAUGGCAGCUAUCUGUUAAAAAUGAUCUCUGCAAGCUAGGAGCAAAUAAACCAUUCUUUUUUUCUAUUUUCCAGUGCAGUUUGUUGAAAGGCAUGGCUUGAUCUCACUCUCAAUAACCUUUGCAAUUUUGUCAUGAAAGGCAAUCUAAAUAUUGCCAUGUUGAGAGACAUGGUGUUUUUUGAACUUUGUAGCUUAACAUGGAGACAUUACUGAAUAUAUAUAUUGUUGGAGGAAUUCCCAAGGACUCACUCAGUACAAUAGAAGGAGUGGAAUGGGCCAGUAAAAGAGAACAAGACGAGAGAAAAGAUAUGGAGGUGCAGAAGCCUGUGUCUGGUGGGGUUUUUCCAUUUCUGUAUGUUAAAAUAUAAAAUGAUUUUCUUUUAAGUUCACUGGAUGUUUAUGCAUGAUAUAAUUCAUCUUAACUAUGUGACAUGUUCUUUUUUUUUUUUGUCUUCGUUCUUUCUAAGCUGUAUUGGAAAAGAGGAACCACUUUUUUACUUAUUCUGUUUCUAUAAAGAAAGUGUUGCAAGAUAGGAGCACGGAAUUGCCACUCUGUGAUUAGUAAAAGGCUUUGGUUUUAGAUCUGAAGAUAGACUUGCCAUUCCAAAUAUAUAUAUAAUUUUAUCUAAUAAAAUAUGUUAUUUCUUCU